AUGUCCGAACCAGCGAAAGGUGAGGAGUUAGCAACUGCGAUUUUGAAGCAAAAAGAUCGUCCAAAUAGGCUCAUUGUAGAAGAAGCAAUCAACGAUGAUAAUUCAGUCAUUGCAUUAUCUCAGGCUAAAAUGGAUGAAUUACAACUCUUCCGUGGAGAUACUGUGUUGCUAAAAGGCAAACGCCGUAAAGAAUCGGUUUGUAUUGUAUUAUCCGAUGAAACUUGCCCUGAUGAAAAAGUACGUAUGAAUAGAGUUGUGCGUAAUAAUUUACGUGUCAGAAUAUCAGAUAUUGUUCAAAUACAACAAUGUCCUGAUGUAAAGUAUGGAAAACGUAUUCAUGUGCUUCCAAUUGAUGACACUGUUGAAGGAUUAACUGGAAAUUUGUUCGAAGUUUUUCUUAAACCUUACUUCCUAGAAGCAUAUAGACCCAUACAUAAAGAUGAUAAUUUCAUUGUUCGUGGAGGCAUGAGAGCUGUAGAAUUCAAAGUUGUCGAAACUGAUCCAUCGCCAUAUUGUAUAGUUGCAUAUGACACAGUUAUUCAUUGUGAAGGGGAUCCGAUCAAAAGAGAGGAGGAAGAAGAAGCAUCAAACACAGUCGGCUACGAUGAUAUUGGAGGUUGCCGCAAACAAUUGGCACAGAUUAAAGAAAUGGUUGAACUCCCACUCAGACAUCCAAGUUUAUUCAAGGCUAUUGGUGUAAAGCCACCUAGAGGAAUUUUGUUAUAUGGACCUCCUGGAACUGGAAAAACACUCAUUGCCCGUGCUGUUGCAAACGAAACUGGAGCAUUCUUUUUCUUAAUCAAUGGCCCCGAAAUUAUGAGUAAACUCGCUGGUGAAUCUGAAAGUAACUUGAGAAAAGCAUUUGAAGAGGCAGAUAGAAAUUCUCCCGCUAUUAUUUUCAUUGAUGAAUUAGAUGCUAUUGCACCCAAGCGUGAAAAAACUCAUGGUGAAGUGGAGCGUCGUAUUGUAUCUCAGUUAUUAACACUCAUGGAUGGCUUAAAAUCAUCAUCUCACGUCAUUGUAAUGGCUGCAACUAACCGCCCAAAUUCUAUAGAUUCAGCUCUAAGGCGUUUUGGACGCUUUGAUCGAGAAAUUGAUAUUGGAAUUCCAGAUGCUACUGGUCGUUUAGAGGUAUUGCGUAUACAUACUAAGAACAUGAAACUUGCUGAGGAAGUUGAUUUAGAACAGAUUGCUGCUGAAACUCAUGGUCAUGUUGGUGCUGAUCUUGCCUCACUGUGUUCUGAAGCUGCCCUACAACAAAUCCGUGAAAAAAUGGACUUGAUAGAUUUAGAAGAUGAUCAAAUUGAUGCUGAAGUAUUGAAUUCGUUAGCUGUCACCAUGGAAAACUUUAGGUAUGCCAUGAGCAAGAGUAGCCCAAGUGCGUUGAGAGAAACAAUAGUUGAAGUUCCAAAUAUUACAUGGGAAGAUAUUGGAGGCUUGGCUAAUGUGAAGCGUGAAUUACAAGAACUUGUUCAGUAUCCAGUUGAGCACCCUGACAAGUUUUUGAAAUUUGGUAUGCAACCAUCUAGAGGUGUUUUGUUUUACGGACCACCAGGUUGUGGUAAAACUUUAUUAGCUAAAGCCAUUGCUAAUGAAUGCCAAGCUAACUUUAUAUCUGUAAAGGGUCCAGAACUUUUAACUAUGUGGUUUGGUGAAUCAGAAGCUAAUGUCCGUGAUAUCUUUGAUAAGGCAAGAGCUGCAGCUCCGUGUGUACUCUUUUUCGAUGAGUUGGACUCCAUUGCUAAAUCUAGAGGAGGAAAUGUUGGUGAUGCUGGUGGUGCAGCAGACAGAGUAAUCAACCAGAUCUUGACUGAAAUGGAUGGUAUGGGGGCCAAAAAAAAUGUAUUCAUUAUUGGUGCUACUAACAGACCUGAUAUCAUUGAUCCUGCUAUUCUCCGUCCAGGACGUUUAGAUCAAUUGAUCUAUAUUCCUCUGCCUGAUGAAAAAUCGCGAGAAGCCAUUUUCAAGGCUAAUUUGAGGAAAUCACCUGUUGCCAAGGAUGUUGACCUGGAUUACAUCGCAAAAGUUACUCAUGGUUAUUCUGGUGCUGACUUGACUGAAGUAUGUCAACGUGCCUGCAAACUUGCUAUUAGGCAAAGUAUUGAAGCUGAAAUAAGGCGUGAGCGUGAAGCUGCCUCAAACCAAGGGAUGGAGACUGAUGUAGCUGAGGAUGAUCCUGUCCCCGAAAUUACAAAAGCUCACUUUGAAGAAGCUAUGUUAUAUGCGCGCCGUUCUGUAACUGACAACGACAUACGCAAAUAUGAGAUGUUUUCACAGACAUUACAACAGUCUCGUGGAUUUGGCACUAACUUCAGGUUCCCGUCAACGACAGGUCAACCUGCUGCCAAUAAUGCAACAACUGGUGGCGAUCAAGCUACGUUCCAAGAUGAUGGUGACGACGACUUGUACAACUAA